AUGUCACCACAACCAAUGAUCGCUGGUUUUGAAGAAUGGGAAAAGUUGCACAAGUAUGGUUGGACUGGAAGAGCUGGGAACAAUUGGGAGUUUCAUCAUCGUGGAUACAUCGAAAAAUGGAACAACAGGGCAGACUCCAUUGUGGCUGAGUCUCCGAAUGGUCAAUCCUCAACCGAUGAUGAUUAUCUCCCGUGGUAUGAAACCAAUACCAUCAAAUUUAUCAAGGAUCCCAAUAAAUACAACUUUCAGGAGGAAGGGUAUCGUGAGUAUUCGGAUCACGCAAAAUUCUAUGCUGAUGCUUUGAGCGAUAUCUGCAAAAAGGUAGAAGACUACAAGAAAUCAGAAGAUGUCUGCCAAAAUUCAAUAUGUAUGAAUAUCCUUCUUGAACUCACUUCUCAUUCUAUGAGUGCUUUAUCCCUUGGAGCACAUGAGAUGCCAAUUUUGAAACCCACACAAUCACUUGUUGAUCUUCAACCACAACCUUCUCAACCGGUUGGCAAAGUUCGCAAACGAAACAUUCCUCACCGUGGGAUUGGAGGAGGCAGACAGAAAAUCGUGGAAGAAGAAGAACCACAAGAUGAUCGUGGGAUUGGAGGAGCCAGGUAG